AAGCGCGACUCUUUUUUUUUUUUUUUAACCUAAUUUUCAAUUCCGCUUUCUUAUUCACCAUCCCCGCCCUUUCCUUUUCUUCUUCCUUGGAACCCUAAUUUCCCCUUUCUCCCUUGUUUCUCUUUGGAUUUUCCCACUUUUUUCCUUUAAAUUACUUUCUUGCACUUUCUCUUCUUCUUCGUGUUCUCUGGAUCUCGGUAUUCGCUAAUGGACUUCGGUGGUGGACGCAAGAGAGGGAGGCUGGAAUCUGCCUUAAACGGCAAUGGCGGCUCGAAGAAAUACAAGCAAGAAUUGGAGUCAUUUUCAACUGGUCUAGGAAGCAAAUCGAAGCCAUGCACAAAGUUUUUCAGUACUUCUGGGUGCCCAUUUGGUGAAGGAUGUCACUUCUUGCACUAUGUUCCUGGCGGCUUCAAAGCUGCUUCCCAGAUGCUUGGUACCAAUCCAGCUCUUCCCCCAGUCGCCAGAAAUUCAGUUCCGCCAUCUUUUCCCGAUGGUGCUUCACCUCCAGCUAUGAAAACCCGAUUAUGCAAUAAGUACAACACACCAGAAGGUUGCAAGUUUGGAGAUAAAUGCCACUUUGCUCAUGGUGAGUGGGAGCUGGGUAAACCAACUGGUCCUGCUUAUGAAGAUCAUCGUGGUGGUAUGGGACGGAUGGCUGGCAGGAUGGAGCCCCCCUCACAAGGACCAGCAGCCAGCUUUGGCAAAUCUGCUACUGCCAAGAUCAGCAUUGAUGCAUCACUUGCUGGAGCUAUUAUUGGGAAGAAUGGUGUGAACUCAAAGCAUAUCUGUCGUGUUACAGGCGCUAAGCUGUCCAUAAGAGAUCAUGAAUCAGAUCCCAACCUGAGGAACAUUGAACUUGAAGGAACAUUUGAUCAGAUCAAGCAGGCCAGUGCCAUGGUUCAUGAGCUUAUUGUAAAUGUUGGCCCACCCUCAGGACAUUCCAUGAGGAAUGCUUCUUCUGGUGGCUCUGCUGCAGCAAACAACUAUAAGACUAAGAUCUGCGAGAACUUUGCAAAAGGAUCCUGCACCUUUGGGGACAGGUGCCAUUUUGCACAUGGAGCAGAAGAAUUGCGCAGGCCAGGCAUAUGAUUUUGUUCACCGUUCCUUGUUCCUGUUCUUCUUUUUAUUCUGUUAGGACUAAUAAACUCCCUGUUGUAGCCUCUGGUUAUUUUGGCUUGUCUAUCAGUUUUUUAGGUUUCUUCUGUUGGUGUUUUGUCAAUUUUGGUCUAUAGAACUGAAAAUGAUGCAUGGAGCUUUUGCCAUAUUGAUGAAGAUGAAUAUAAAACGUGGACUCUA